AUGGAGAAUAUGGGGACGUGGUGCAGUAUGAUUGUGGCAAGACGCUUCCUGGCGGGUUUCAGCGGCCUUGCUAGAUCUGACCAUGGUCUCCAUAUGGCAAUCGCACGUCAUCGCUCUACUCUGCCUUCCAUCAAGCUGAGUGAACUUGCCUUAGGCGCAGAUGGAAUUCACUCUCUAUUCGACUUCUUCUGCGAGCGCGAGUUCCCCGUCCUGGAUAACUUCUGCCUUGAGAAUAUACGUGACUGGGAUGGGGCCGGUGACGACCGCCGCCCUGGAUUUCGGAAGGAGGAACAUUCGGUUGCGGAUAGCCGGAGAAUUACCGACAGCGGAGGAUGUUCUCUACCACUCUUCGGGAUCCUUCACGCGAAUUGCCCCUUGGGGCCGGCAGAGCUCUACUUUGCCAUCCUCGCCGGCACUGAACCCGACCCUGAUUUCUUGGCCGAUUGGACAGCGCAAAGCGUGACUAGCUCGGAGCAAGGGUUCGAGGUACACUUCAUUCACGAGUCAGUUCGCGAUUUUCUCCGUGGGCCUGGUCUUCUUGAGGUAGGGCUCGAAUCCAUUUCCCCUGGGCCCAGCCACGACGCUUUGAAGACUUGCUGUUUGAACUAUGUGCUCAAGGACCUAUCAUCCCGUUUUGCGCAUACUAAAGAUAUUCCGAAGGCAGACACGCAGGAAGCCAAGCUUUUGAUGGCAUCGAUGCUUCAGAAAUGCCCAUUCCUCAAGUACGCCGUUGAGCAUAUUUUGUAUCAUGCGAACGAGGCGCGCGAGCUUGGAAAACCGCAGGAGGCUUUCCUAACAGGCUUUCCCAGCAUAGAGUGGAUAUUGAAGGAUAACGUGAUUGAAUAUGUCCUUGCGAUUGUAAAAAUGGGACAUCAAGAAGCCGCUAAAAUACUAUUAACCAUAGACACUUUCACUUUUGGGAAAAGCUCUCGGAUCAUGGUCACAGGGAAGGCAUACCCCUAUGGGUUCGUCGCAUCAAAAUUGGGACCUUUGGACCUUCCUCGGCUGCUCGCUGAAUCCGACUACAAAGGGUUCAGACCACUUCACCACGCUGCAAUGGACGCCAAAGAGUCCAUGGUCCGGCUACUGAUUGCAGCUGGGGCCGAUCUAGAGGCAAGGAUUUUACUAGAUGCCGGCGCGGACUUGGAAGCCACAGAUUACGCUGGCGGAACUCCGCUCCUUUAUGCCGUCGAUGUUAACGAUAAUCCCGAGCUCGACGGGGUGGCCGUGCCGGACGGGGAGGAGUCCCCUGUUAUAUCUCUUGGUCCGUUGGUAUAA